GAUUCAAAGCUUUGCAUUCCGUAGUGAAGUGAAGUCUUCACAAUGGCAGCAGACAAGACGCCCCCAAUAACCGCAGGAUGGAAAAAGGCAAAGCACCGCCUGCCGAAGCGGCGAUUAAAUGACUUGCACCAGUGCAAGGCUUCCCUCGGCUCGCACCGCCAUUGGGGCCACAGCCGUGUGCGUCGAUUGAUUGCCGAUGAUAAGUAUGAUGCGCAGCAGUCUCCACCCAAUCAUACGUGGAUGUUUCAGUCCUGCUGGUGCAUCGUGAUGCUCGCGCUUGGGGUUUUGAUUUGCGGCUUUGGCUGCUACUAUGACGGAGAGAAUGUGAGCAAUUUUAUGCUCAACUACAGCAAACAGUACCAGGCCAUCAUCCACAACAAGCAAAACUAUUGUGAUCAUACUUUGUCGCUAAACGAAAUGUUUGGCCAUAUUCGCCGGCAUGUGCUGAACCAAGAAACUGCUCUCGACCAGCUGGAGCAGUCUUUGAGCAAGCCACAGUUUCAGUCAAUUUCCCUGCUGGGAUCUUCGGGCGUGGGCAAGAGUUUGACGGCUCGUCUGCUCCGGGAGCUGUUCCCCUGGCCGGAAAAUGUACACGCUUUGACCAAGAGCGAUGUCUCGGACUUGGUCAGAAUGAAUUCGGUGCUCACCAAAUUGGACUUCUGUGGUCGCAAUCUCAUUCUGGUCGACAACAUGAACAGCACGGAUCAAGAGAUUGUGCAAAGGGUCAACGACCUAGUCAGCAGCUUUGGCGACAUCGCCGGAAACAAAAAUACUCACAAAGUAAACCUCAAACGCCUGUCCAUCGUUUACAUUUUCAAUAUCAAUCGCUUUCUUGGCGAAACUUCUGUUGAGCAUUUCGCCACCGUGCUGCAGUUGCCCGACAAUCAAGUUAUUCAAUUUGACACGCUCGAGCCGCAGCAUUUGGAGAGUUGCAUUCGACAUGAGGCGGACCUGGAGAAUCUGCUUCUGGAUCAGAAGUAUGUAGAGUCCAUGAUCAAUACCACAGAUUUCAAGAUGUCUGGAUGCAAGACACUCCGCGCAAAGGUCCUAAUCUACGGACAACCCAAAUCGAAUUACCAAAAAGACUGAUAAAAACACAAAAAAUGUUGAAGUUCCUAAACAUAGUGAUAUUGAGAUUCCACGUAAGCAUAUGUAUUCCUAGCACAAAAAAUCGACAAUCCUGUACAACUUCAGAGUUAAGUGUAAUUAAAAAUAUAUGUGUACAUAAGAAUAUA